UUUUAAGGCGCCCGCGCAGUCCCAGCCGCAGAAAAACAAAGCCCCUUAUAUCAAAAAAAGUAACAUUUUACCGCGAUAUACCACCCGCAAUCUAAUUUUCUAUGCUAGACAACACGUUUCUGGUCAACAUUUGGGUUUUUUCGACGCUCUUUGUGGCCUUUCAGACGAUGUUGUUUAUCUGUAGUAUGGGGGGGGCUUGAAACUCCCUCUUUCCCUUGCCCCAUUUCCUCGGUUGUUUUCCUUCUCUCGCCUGGAUUCUCCAUGUUGUUGCUGCAAAAGUGAGGACUUCGCCGCGACGGGAGAGGGGGGCUGCUCGGCGAUAUCACUGCUAAUAGUAGCGUUUACAGUCGGGAACACGGAGCCUACGCCGUGUCGGGUCGCCUCCAGAAACAUUUCCAAGUGCCUUACCCCCUCCCCGGGCUGGAGGCUGCCGACGGAGGACGCAGAAGCGGUGGGAGAAGAAAGAAAACCAGGAACUAGAUAAAUCCUGCCGUCCCCGAGGAUUGUGACUGAGGCGUUUGACAAGUUACCUCGGUGAUUACAAAAGUCUACUUGUCAAUAAAUCCCAAUGAGGGAUGCCCAUCACUUCUCGGGGACAGGAUUUGAGGAUUUUGAGGGCUCCGUGAUUGUCAGAUGGAAAGUUCUGUUAUCACCCAAGUGCAGAAAGAAGACGUUCUUCAAGUGUCACCGAAAGCAGGCCAGGUGAGCCGCUCUGCCCUCAAACAGCCGCGGAGCUGCAACAUCUUCAAAGCCCUCUUCUGCUGCCUCCAAGCUCAGGAUGGCCCCAAACCACUGCCACUGCCUUCCCAGCAGCCCUUGCUGGAGUCGCAGGAAAAUGGGACGGUUGUCAAGCAGCAGUAUGAAGCCAGCCUCCUACCUGAGGUGAACGCCCAGGACCAAGGGAAGAUCUGUGUGGUCAUAGACCUGGAUGAGACUCUGGUGCACAGUUCUUUCAAGCCGAUAAGUAACGCAGACUUCAUCGUGCCGGUGGAGAUAGAGGGCACCACUCACCAGGUGUAUGUGCUGAAGAGGCCGUACGUGGACAAGUUCCUGCGCCGCAUGGGAGAGUUGUUUGAAUGUGUGCUGUUUACAGCCAGCCUCGCUAAGUACGCAGACCCGGUGACGGACCUGCUGGAUCAGUGCGGCGUGUUCCGGGCCCGGCUUUUCCGGGAAUCUUGCGUGUUCCAUCAGGGCUGCUACGUGAAAGACUUGAGCCGCCUGGGCAGAGACCUCCACAAAACCCUCAUCCUGGAUAACUCUCCUGCCUCCUACAUCUUCCACCCUAAUAACGCUGUUCCGGUGGUGUCAUGGUUCGACGACGUGGACGAUGCCGAGCUGCUCAACCUCCUGCCUGUGUUUGAGGAGCUCAGCCAAGCUGAUAACGUUUACACUCAGCUGGACCAGCUCCGCGGACAAUAGCUUCACCUUCACCCGCUCGGCUGCCGUCGGAGCCUCUUCGUGUUUGUUCAGAGCAGAUGCUACCGUUUCCAAAAACGUACUGGCGUGUGGGUGAAGAUAUUCCAGCCUCGGAAAAACCCAGCAAAGUUGGGCUGCCACCUUCUGAAAGCACUACAAACAAAAGUGGUAAAUGAUAGCCAAAGCAAUCCCAGACAUUCACUCCUCUGUGUGAACAUCAAGGUGGGGUUUGUUUUUUGCCAAAGCAAAAACCUGCCUGCCCUAACUUGACUUUUGGACUUUGCUUUCAUUUUUUUUUUGUGCCUUUUAAGCAACUAUAAGAAAACAUCGGCUCCACCGGGUUUUAUACAUUCAGUGAUUUCUUUUUGUAAGGAAAUCUAUUUUUAACAGUGAGCAUGGUUCCUCUAUGCAAACCAGCUGUGGAAUGGUUGAUAGUUCCUGUACAUUUACCGGUUGAGGAUCACAUUCAGCACAAGGAAACCUUACUGUAGCCUUUUUUCCCGUUUUGUUCUUUUAAAUAAGGCUGUUUUACAUGUUUUUACUAAAAAACAAAUAUAGUUAAUUUCUCAAAUUGUGCUAGAUUGGGUGGUUACAAAUUAAGUCAAAGAGGUGAAGUUUUCUCUUUCUCGGGGAAAAGACACUGGAUAUGUUGGCACAUACACCAUAAACGUUUUGUUUUCUCUCAUUUAAAUUUCACAAUGUUUCAUUUAUGUCUGACACACAAUGUGCACUUGUAUGAUAUGGACAGUGCUGAAAGUAACAACUGUGCCUUUUAAAAAAAUCGGGACAGAGAAUGGUCUUCUGCCUGAUCUGAGAUUCGUAGGCCUACACACACACACACACACACACUCGUGUGCCAUGCUGAGCAUGAUCAACACUGUCAGGAGUGAGUGGAAAGCCAGGGGACGUGGUACUUGCAGUGCAACACUUGAAACUAUCCGAUUUGAUAUUUUUUACCAUGAAUGAGUGCUUUGUUUUUCUAUAUUUAUUGGCCAAAAAAUUUGUAUUGUCCUGUACUUUUUAAAUGCUCAACAUUUUGUAUUGUAGUCCACUCUGCCUGCGACGAGGCGGGCCUUUUGUCCGACUGUCUAUCGGUGCCUAAAUAACACAUCCUGCUGGACAAUUCUGAAGGACAAUUUGCUAACUUGUGCGCUCAAAUCUGCAAUCAGAUGAAAAGACAUACAAUUCUGUUCAGUACUGUUUCUUUGGUAGUGUGCUUUUCUACAGAUGUUUGUGUCAUUCGGUUAUCCCCUGCAUGUUGACUGCUGAAACAUGACGAGGACAGUCGGUUGGAAUGACCAAAAGUAUUUUUCUUUUUCUUUGUAUGUUGCAGAAAAGUAACGAUGAAAACAACUCAUUUUGUAUAUCAAGUCUGACCAAAACCCUAAAGCAUUCCUUCUAAUUUUCAUUUUUGAAAUAAAAUGUCAUUAUAUUUUAA